AUCAUAUUACUCUGUGUUUGAAAUACCAUUGCCUUUGAAGUCUUUUUUUUUUUUUUUGUGGUACUGGGGUUUGAACUCAGGGCUUACUCCUUGAGCCAUUUGCCAUUGAGGGCAACACAAAAAACAAACCAACCUUUUUUUUCUGUUGGGUUUUUUCGAGAUAGGGUCUCGAGAACUAUUUUCCUGUGCUGGCUUUGAACCACGAUCCCCCUGAUCUCUGCCUCCUGAGUAGCUAGGAUUACAGGUGUGAGCCACUGGUGCCUGGCUCUUCCAAGCCUAUUUCUAAUAAAAUCCAGACACUUUCCAGGGCCCCUGAUGAUCAGACCACAGCUGUCUUGCUGUCUACCUCACUUACAACUUCCUGUCUUACUUCUGGGGACUUUAGCUACCUCCACUUUCUGUUGUUUGGUAGCCAGACCAGGCCCACCUCUGCUCAGGCAUACCACUUGCAGCUCCCUCUACCUGGGGCCCUUUCCUCUUAGAUCUUUGCAUGGCUUCCUUUUUCUGGUCCCUUGCCUCAAUUAAAUGCCAUCUCUGCUGAUCAUUCUGUCUAAAAUAGGCACCCCUGCCAGGCCCCAUCUUAUUUUCUUCAGGGCACUUAGCACCACCCAAGAUCGUCGAUUCAUUUACUGUCUCCUGCCUCUAGAAGGUAAACUUGGAGGACGUGAGGAAGGCAGCUCCCACCUACAGCAUGAACUCACAAUACCUCAGUGGACGACUUCAGAAAACCCCGUGAGAGAAAAGCAUCCACUCACAGCUGAGCUCAGGGUAAUCGCAGAGGGGCGUGAGCUGAUCCUGGACCUGGAGAAGAAUGAGCAGCUUUUUGCUCCAACCUAUACAGAAACCUUUUAUACUUCAAGUGGCAGCCCUCAGACGACCCCACUGAAAUCUGAGGACCACUGCUUUUACCAUGGUAGGGUGAGGAAGGCAGAAGAAUCCAGUGUCACACUCAGCACCUGCCGGGGAAUUCGAGGACUGAUUACAAUGAGCAGUAACCUUAGCUAUGUCAUCGAGCCCCUCCCUGACAGCAAGAGCCAGCACCUUAUUUACAGAUCUGAACAUCUCAAGCUGGCCCCUGGGAACUGUGGGUUCAAGCACUCCGAGCUCACCACCAGGAACUGGGCCCUUCAGUUUACACAACAGACCAAGAAACAACCUCGCAGGAUGAAAAGGGACGAUUUAUACUCCAUGAAGUAUGUGGAGCUCUACCUCGUGGCUGAUUACGCAGAGUUUGAGAAGAAUGGACGAGACCUGGACGCCACCAAACGCAAGCUCAUAGAGGUUGCCAACUAUGUUGAUAAGUUCUACCGGUCUCUUCACAUUCGGAUUGCUCUCGUGGGCUUGGAAGUCUGGACUCACCGGAAUAUGUGUGAGGUUUCAUCAAACCCGUACUCCACCCUCUGGUCAUUUCUCAGGUGGAGACGUAAGCUGCUGACUCAGAAGCACCAUGACAAUGCUCAGCUAGUCACGGGUGGGGCCUUUCAGGGCACCACCAUUGGCCUGGCCCCGCUCAUGGCUAUGUGCUCUGUGUACCAGUCUGGAGGAGUCAACAUGGACCACUCCGAGAAUGCCAUCGGUGUAGCUGCCACCAUGGCCCACGAGAUGGGUCACAAUUUUGGCAUGACCCAUGAUUCUCCUCAUUGCUGCCCGGCCAGUGCAGAGGAUGGUGGGUGCAUCAUGGCUGCUGCCACAGGGGACCCCUUUCCCAGAGUGUUCAAUGGGUGCAACAAGAGAGAGCUGGACCGGUAUCUGCAGUCAGGCGGUGGGAUGUGUCUCUCCAACAUGCCAGACACCAGAAUGAUGUAUGGAGGCCGCAGGUGUGGGAAUGGGUACUUGGAAGAUGGCGAAGAGUGCGACUGUGGGGAGGAAGAAGAAUGCAACAAUCCCUGCUGCAACGCCUCCAACUGCACUCUGAAGGGAGGGGCAGAGUGCGCCCAUGGUGCCUGCUGCCACCGCUGCAAGCUGCUGGCUCCUGGCACCCUGUGCCGCCCACAGGCACGACAGUGUGACCUCCCAGAGUUCUGCACGGGCAAGUCUCCCUUCUGCCCCACCAACUUCUACCAGAUGGAUGGCACCCCCUGCGAGGGUGGCCAGGCCUACUGCUAUAAUGGCAUGUGUCUCACCUACCAGGAGCAGUGCCAGCAGCUGUGGGGACCUGGAGCCCGGCCUGCCCCUGACCUCUGCUUCGAGAAGGUGAAUGUGGCAGGAGAUAUCUUUGGAAACUGUGGGAAGGACAUGAAUGGUAAACACAGGAAGUGCGACACAAGAGAUGCCAAAUGUGGGAAGAUACAGUGUCAGAGCUCCCAGGCCCGGCCCCUGGAGUCCAACGCGGUACCCAUUGAUACCACCAUCAUCAUGAAUGGGAGGCAGAUCCAGUGCCGGGGCACCCAUGUCUACCGACGUGCUGAUGAUGACGAGGAGGAGGAGGGUGACAUGCUGGACCCAGGCCUGGUAUUGACUGGAACCAAGUGCGGUGACAACCAUAUUUGCUUCGAGGGCCAGUGCAGGAACACUUCCUUCUUUGAAACUGAAGGCUGUGGAAACAAGUGCAAUGGCCACGGGGUGUGUAACAACAACAAGAACUGCCACUGCUUCCCGGGCUGGGCGCCACCCUUCUGUAACACUCCAGGCCCAGGGGGCAGCAUAGACAGUGGACCCACGCCCCCCAACAGUAUUGGUCCUGUGGUGGCCGGGGUGUUUUCAGCCCUCUUCGUGCUGGCAGUCCUUUUUCUGGGGUUCUAUUGCUGUAAGCAGAACAAUAAACUGGGCCAGCUGAAGCCCUCAGCCCUCCCCUCCAAGCUGAGGCAACAGUUCAGUUGUCCCUUCAGGGUAUCCCAGAACAGUGGAACUGGACAUGCCAACCCAACUUUCAAGUUGCAGACGCCCCAGGGCAAGCGAAAGGUAACCAACACCCCUGAAAUCCUACGGAAGCCCUCCCAGCCUCCUCCCAGGCCCCCUCCAGCCUAUCUGCAUGGCGGGUCACCACCUGCACCGGUACCACCACAUCUGAACAGAGUAGCUAGGAACUCCCCAGGGCUUGGGGCACAAGUUGAAAGAAAGGAGUCGUCUAGAAGGCCUCCCCCAAGCCGGCCUGUGCCCCCUGCACCAAAUUGCCUCCUCUCCCAGGACUUCUCCAGGCCCCGGCCACCCCAGAAGGCACUCCCAGCAAACCCAGUGCCAGGCCGCAGGAUACCCCCCAGACCAGGCGGUGUCUCUGUGCUGCAGCCCCCUGCUGCUGGUCCCCAGCAGCCCUGGCCUCUGCCAUUACCUACUCCAAAGUUUCCUCAGUACAGACCACAGAGGGCUGGGGGGAUGGCUAACUCCAAGAUCUAGACCUGUCUAGAAGCUUCUCGAUUUCUUGGAGGACUCUUGAUGGCAUGGAGGACCCAUGGUCAUGGGAUCCAGAGGAAGCCUGUGCAGCCACCUCAGAGCUCCUUCUGCCCUCCAGGAACCACAUCUCCAGAAUCUCCCUUCUUGACUUGGUGUCUCCCUGGCUUCCUCAGAGGUCCAGAGGGACAGUUAUCCAAUGGCUUCUACAUGUUGUUUUGUGCAAUAUACAGCCUGGGUAGGACAGGGAGCACAGAAGGGGACAGGUGGCAGCUUCUCUAUCAGCCUCCAGCCCAGAGGUGCUGAUGGACGUGGUCAAGACUGUCUUGGUGGUGAGCCUGCUGGGCUGUUCUAGCCAGGGCUGGGCUUGAAGAAGCCAUCCAUCCAGGUUCUGCCUUGGGGGUGCCCAUGGAGCUUCCAUCCUUGUCUCCCUCUGAGGUCCAGGCUGGGCAGAGACUGACCCUCCCCCAUCCAUUUUAGCUUUUAGGGAUUAAAAAAAAAGGGUCAAACCAGCCUGUCCCUGUCCAGGACCUGGUCAAGGUGACACUCCUGGUUAUAUGACUGCAUGUGACAAGCCCUGCCCCUCCCCCCUGCAUCCCUUUAUCACACGGGUCGCUCUGACUCAGACAGGUACUAUUUGUAGGCAGUGUAGACAGCAGGGGGAGCCCCAGAAUGUGCCUCCUCUGAGCCAAUGCCAAAGUUUGGUAAUUCUCGGGAAUUCUCAGUUUUGUGUUCUCUCCUGUGCUCUCCCAGUGCUCUGUGCUGUAUCUUCUCCAUCCCUUCCCAUCCUCUCUAGCCCAUGGUGCUUUGGGGUGGACCCUCAGCAGUCCUGACUUUCUGGUCCUGCCUCAUGGGGUAUGGUCAUGGAGUCCUGGCUUUGUCUGUCUUUGUGUUUUGUGGCCUUGGCAGAGUGACGAUGUUUCUCCUUACUCCAUGACCUACAUCUAGUGACAUCCCCCAGAGAUGGUGAAGCGAACGAUGUCCAAGGAAGCCCAGCUAUUGAAAAGUGGAUGCAGCCUGUCCUUCGCCAUCUGCUGGCUGGCUUGAGGUAGGACUGUGGCCUUUUUCUUCUAAGCAAGGGAGCUGUCAGAGGCCCCUAGAGAAGAUAGCCAUCAAAGGCUAGUGAAACAGGCUGAGCUGGACCCCUAGUCAGCCUCCCAUCUGUCCGCUUCCUUUUGUUCUCUCUGGCUGGUCACUGCCCUUACCUGACCCUCCCAAAAAGAGCUCUGAGCAGUUGGGGGACCAGAUUCUGACAGAUCCUGCCCUGCCUGCAGCCCAGAAGGAGGGCUGUGUGGUGCUUUGCUAGACAGGAUGAAUUUUACAAAGUAGCUGGAGAUGGUCUCUGAAAGACUGUCUCUUACCCCCAGAAAGGUGCUGGGGGACUCUGUAACGUCCACUCCUCCUGGGGCCUCCCCACCUCCUGCAGGGAGCACAUGGUUGCUCUUGGAAACCUCAAGGCAUGGAGGAGGCUGAACUUUCGAGUCCCCGUCCUCCAACCCAAGGCCUCUUUCUAGUUCUCUGCACACAGUAGGUGCUGGGCUGAUGCUCUUGGGUUUGUAGAUAAGUAAGAAAUGUGGCAUGCACACCUGGCGACAAGCAUGGAGUAUAGGUGAGGUGAAAGACCUCAGGACACUGCAUUUCUCUCCCACAGGGGGGCUGUCCUGUUCUGGUCAGGUCCCCCUGGCAUGGGCCUUCCUUGCCCCCAUGUCCGUCCCCGACCUCCUUGCUGCCUGAUUCCAGCAGGGGUUAGCCCUCCAUGAAAACAAUGUACCAAAUGCUCCGUGCUGGAAACUGGGUCUCAGAAAAGGUGGUGCCACCACCCCAAACAAACAAGCAAACUGUGUAUAAGCCCAACCCCAUACCUCCUAGAUGUUCCUUGGCUUGGGCGGCCCUUCUCCUUCACAUCAGGAAUCAGGCAGCACUGAGUGUUAGUGCCACAGCCAUGGUGACUAAGUGAGACUCUUGAACCUGAAAUACACUGUCCUUAGACCCAUAUGGGAAAGAGACCUGGUUACUGUUUCCUUGCUUUUUUUUUUUUCCCCUCAUUAUUUUAAUACCACCUUCAUCCCAUAAAAUUAUAAUGUGAACUGGAAGCUGGCAGAAUUUUUCAAGUUUGACAGAGAAUCUUGGCAGCCAGUUCUGUUUACCAUCUCACUCCUGACUCUGUUUAGGGAGCUAAACAGGGUCCUUUUCUGUUGGCCAGGAGGUGGCUGGAGGGAGGCGUGCCCAUUUGGCGUCCCCUCGUCCACCCAGUAUGUGGUUGUGUGAUAUCACAUACAAGUACAUCUGGACUUAAGAGGAGAGACUUUAUUCUAAAGGAUUAUUGAAAAAUAGAGAAUGAGUUUUGCCACAGGGAGAGGAAGGGUCUUUUGAGAUAGACUAGGCCAGCCUAGCCCAAAUGUGGUGCAUCCCAAAGCCCAGGCCAAACUGGAAGUAACUGUAUAGAAGAUGGCUCUGACACUUUGGGGAGGGGCUGUGUGCUAGCUGAGGCUGGGGGUAGGUCAAAGCCCGGGUCUGGCGGAGAAGAGGGAAGCUAACCUGAGUUGGUUCUGUGCAGUCCACAAACACUCUGCUCAGUUAGGAAAGGAUGGAAAUCUUUUUAGAAGCUAAAUUCGCCUCCUGCCAGUUUUAGAAGCCUGGAGCCAGCUCUGAAAUGCAAACCUCAGGAAGGCUGCAUGCCUCCCUCCAUCUCUGCAAGAGGUUACGCCUGGCCCUCACCCCCAAGUUGCAACUACCUGCUUGCUGUCAGUUCCUUUCAGCCUGUUGACUUCCACCCAUAAAACAAAAGCCCUCUUCAGCCCCUGCUCCAAGAAACUGCAGAUUUUAUGGUCCGAGUGUCCCUUGUAUUACAAUCCCCACUCCUCUACUGCAGUAGCCCUUGGCCAGCUUGCGAUAAUCCUUUUAAAUAAAGUCAAACUAGGCCAGACCUACUUUGUUCUCAUUGGACAGAGGGUAUGCAAGACUUGUGUUUUACAUAUUGGGAACCAGUUCUAAAGGUAGUGAUUUUGUUAAGUACCUGUGUAACUGCUCUGCUGGAUCCCCAAGCCAGUCCAGGGAGCCGAUGCCCCCUUCCCUAAGGAAGCCUGCUAGGGGGAGGUUCUGCAGAAUCCAAGCCAAACACCCUCAAAGUCACCCUCUCAGCAUCCUCUCGUGCCACCCACUGUGUGUACGAUGUGUCUGGCAUUCAGGGCAAUGUGAAUUUUCUGUUUAUUUGGAAGAUUGCUCACGGAAAACACAUCUUCCCUCUCGUCCACCUAUAUUGUUUACAAUAUUUGUACAUCUAUGCAAAAUACUUGAAUGGCCAUGGUGCCUUUUUUUUCCCCCUUGUUUGUAUUUAAUUAAAAUGAAUUGAUUGUUAUUUGAAAUGUUAUCAGGUUUGGCAUCUCUUUUUUUUGUGUGUGUGUUUUUAAUGUUCUACUACUUGUACCCCAUGGGAUUAUUGAGAUGUAGAUUCCUAAGAAAGAGGCCCUGCAGUGACCAGCCGUCCAGCCCUCAAGGGGUAGAAGUAGACCUUGAGCCACAGCAAAGCCCUGGGUUUGCCACGGCCACUAGAGGGGGCUGUUUGCAUUGCACUGGGCAGAAACUGGUCUAGUUUAAUUGGGUCUUGCAUCAUUAAAAAUCUGAGUGAUCUUGGACUAGAGGUAGCUCAAGUGGUAGAGUGCCUGCUUUGCAAGCCUGAAGCCCUGAGUUCAAACUCCAGUUCCAUCAAAAAAAGAAAAAAAUAGUGAUCUUGAGAUUCUAGUACCUUUCUUCUACAGAGAUUCUGGUACCUUUCUUCUACACUAUUGUCUGUAUCUAUCUAUCUAU